CGAUUCGUUGUCGAGUCGGUCGGGACACCCUUGGCCAAGUUUGGGCCAACCAAAGAGCUCGUCGAGGCCAUCCGCGACGCCUUGCUUGGCCACAAGCGUGCAUUCGAUGCCGGCGUGCUCCAUUGCGACGUGAGCGAGGGAAACGUUCUCCUCUGCCGGCACCCGUCUGCUGGCUUCAAGGGAUUCCUACACGACCUCGAC